AAUUUGACAUAUGCGACCAUUUUGUUUAAACUAUUGUGAUAUGUUAAAGCUUCAAUUCAGCCUUGUGUUUGUGAUUUUUCCUUUUUGCUUAAUUUGAAGUCGAUAUUUAAACUCAGGAAUACUAUGUGUAAAUAUACCAUCUGAAAUUUCUUUAAUUUUCUGUACCCGGAUUCAUUUAGCACAUCGUAAUGAACUUCAAGUUCGUGAUAGCAUGGUCCAGCCUAUGGCUACCUCUAACUAUAGGACAAGGAUGUCCAUACAGCAGAACAGUUGUACCCGGUGAUGCGAAGAGGUAUAUAGAAAUGGUACAUAAUAUCGCACAUGAACGGCAUUGUGCUCCAGGGACUGAGUUUGAUCCAACAACUUGUGAAUGUUCUCUUCUAUCUUCUGGAGCAUGGUCACCUGGACUGGCAUUCAUUGACGGAUUAGCAACUGCCUACCCUGAGCUUGCAAACAUGCCUCUUGAUGUCCUUCAAAAAGAACUUUUGCUUCUAUCAUCACCAACUAUGUAUCCUAUGAAUGUAAAUACUGUCCCAUCUUCAUUUCAAAAGCCAACAAGACUGAAUAAUCAAAGGCAACAGCAAAUGUUAUCUCCAUCAUCUCUCAAUACUCAGCAAAUUUUGGACCUUUUCCAGAAUGUUAGACCAGAAGAUAUUCCACCACAUGUGUUAAAUGAUUUAGAACAUCUUAUGUUUUUGGAAAAUGGUCCUACUGGAUCAAACAUUUUUCCAACACAGAAUGUAGUUACACAUUUGCCGAACAGACACAAUACUGAGAGAACGUUCAUUCCAGCACAAAAUGAACAUGCGGUUGGAGCAUUUAGGAAUAUGCGUACUCAAAAUCAGUUACGAAACCCAGGAAGUCAUUCUCAAAAUCCUUCCCAAGUAGUGACUACUAAACCAACUCCUACCAUCCAAGACAUUAAAGAUUUAAUUGCAUCUUUUCAGAAUCUUUUGACAAAACCUACAUUGCAAUCCAAUAUUAAAACGCCUCUUUCACAAACUCAUAGCACACAAAAUCCUACAAUACAAAAGAAAAAUGCCUUAGAUAAUUUCCAAUCAUUAGCCAAUUCAAUAUUAAAAGCUUUUCCACCAAAAACAUCAAGCCCCACUAGACCUUCUUUACUAGUGAGCCCGGUUGCUUCUCCACCAACUCGCAACCAUUCCCCUUCGUCUGUGCCUAUUGGAAUGAGAACAUCACGAACUAAAUCGGACACACAAAAUACUUUGACAAGAAAUUCAUUGCGGCAAAAUAAUAUAGAUAAGACAGAGAAACUUUCUGAAGCAACACCUCUUGCAAAACAAAGGCAACUACCAAAAGUCAAUACACUUCCAAAACAAUGGAUAUACUGGGGAAAUGCAGAUGGUACAAAAACUAAACCUGCUCUUUAUCAUCGUUUGGAUUCAAAAACAGAAAAAAAGACGGAGAGGCUUUCUGAAGCACCACCUCUUGCAAAACCAAAAGUCAAUACACUACCAAAACAGUGGAUAUACUGGAGUAAUGCAGAUGGUACAAAAACUAAACCUGCUCUUUAUCAUCGUUUGGAUUCAAAAACAGAAAAAAAGACAGAGAGGCUUUCUGAAGCACCACCACUUGCAAAACAAAAGCAACUACCAAAAGUCAAUACACUACCAAAACAGUGGAUAUACUGGGGAAACGCAGAUGGUACAAACACUAAACCUGCUGUUAAUCAUCUUUUAGAUUCAAAAGCAGAAACAAUGAAAAUGGACCAAUCCAAGACGAAUAUAAAAAGCUCAACUCAAAUUGAUCGCGUAUUAUCUGUUCAAAAAUUAACAACUCCAGUCAUGCAGCCAGUCAAUAAGUCUCAGCGUGAAUUGUCAAAAUAUGAUACAAAAAUACAAAAAACACCCCCACCUACAAAACCGAAACCUGCGUCUCCUUCUGAAGACAAAACACCGAACCCUCAGGAAGAAAUGUCAGCCACAAAAUUACUUAAAAUGAUAAAAAAGCAACUGAGAGAAGCUAAAAACACAGGGAAACUUCCCUUUUCCCUUCUUAAAACAUUGCUCGAAAAAAGAAGUAUGCUAAUGAAACAAAUAAAAGAAGAAAGAAGAAGUAAGAAAAAUAAGAAAUCACAGGACCAACCGGAAAGCAAAAAAUCAAACAAAUUGGUAGACAAACAAGAAAAUGAAACAAUUAAGUCUAAACCAGUUAAUGAACAGAAGUCCCUUGAUGUGCUUCAAGAGAAAAAAGAAAAUCUAGAAACCAUAUCCACAUCUGAAAAAGAUUCUUCUAAGGGUGAAAAUCUAAAACAGGUCAAUGAACCCAGUACCUCUGAACAAAAACAAAUAACAAAUCAUGAUUCCAAGGCUCCGCACACUGGUACAAAAAGCAAUGAAAAUCAACAAACAGUUCAAAAUGUUAUUCCAAAUUUUUCAUUUUCUUCAGGGGCAUCGCAACCAUCAAUACAGGGAACUGAUCAUAACCGACCUAAAAGCAAACGCAGAAAGUCCAAAACAGCAGAAUUCAGUUACAAACCUGCUCAAAAUGGAAUAUCUUCCCAAAGUUACGAUUUGCUAAGUUUAUUAUCUGGAAAACCUAUAUUGGAAUUGAUUCCUAGUAGAAAAGUUAGCACUCCAGUAGAAAAGUCAACACCACAGUUACGAGGAUUAGGUCAAACAAUACCGAAUAACAGUCCUAAGCUUGAUUUAUUUUCUCGAACAACUAGUACUAAAUCUCGUCAGUCAAGUACACAGCUGAAUACUCCAUUACUUGAUCAGGAUUUAGCAACGAUCACCGCAUUCUUAAGAGAAAGAAAUGCACUAAAAAGUGUGAACCCAAGAACUGUCAGAAAUUCGUAUGUAGCGGAAUCAUAUCCGACAACCCUAACAAAGACACCAGAAAAAUCCCAUGUGAGGACUCUAACAUUAUCGACAGAGAAACCAAAACCUCUUGUUCAAUUAACACAACCAGAGUCUACACAAUCCAAAUUAAAAACUGUUAGUAAACAACAGGCUGGAAGUUUGCCAUCUCUUUCUAAAAUAGAUGAACAAAAACGACUCAUUCUUCAAAAAUUAAUGCAGAGACUAUCAGCAUUACAAGCUCAAAGUUCAAACAGUGGGAACGGCGUUUCUAUGAACGGACAAAGUGCUGGUAACAACCGACAAAGUGUUAAUAACAACGGACAAAGUAUUUAUAACAACGGACAAAGUUUUAAUAACAACGGGCACAGUGUUAAUAAUAAUGGAAUGUCCCAACAAAAUUCUAAUAGUCAAUUUAAUGGUAUGCCAACUUUAAGACAAAGCCCAUCAACAGCUGGGCAAGAGUCUUCUAAAUCAUCGCCAUACCAUAUGAUGUUUAGAAGUAUUGCCAUGAAGGAAGGAGCAAGUGACGCCCAGGAAAUAAUGCAGGAUAGAAUGACUGAAAUGGGUGUUGCAGGUGUGUUGUCAAUGGGUAUGCCGAUGUCAGCAAUGAAUUCAGAAGUAAGAUCUCAGCUAGGAUCCACACUUUUUGAAAAUAGUCCAAUGGCGUUUUUAUUGUAAUUAUUGUAGUUAUUGUUGUUGGAUUGAAUUAAUUUUAAGUACAUGUAUAUUUUGUCUUCUCA